GUAAGUUUCAAGCACAGCAGGGUUUAGCUCUGUGACCUAGCCCAGGCUAGGCACUAGCCUGGGCUAGGUGAGAUAAUCCUCUUGUGAUUGAUCUACAAACUUUCUAGAUCUAAGCAUGAUUUAUAGAACAACAAUAACAAUGGAGAGAUGCUGUUAUCAAAUAUUUACCAGAAAGAAUAUGAGGGCUACAACUAUCAUACCAACGAGAUGGAGGAAAACCUGGAGUAUAGCCAGACCACUGAGAAAGUCUCUAUUUAUGAACACAGCUUUUACCAGGAUGAAACAGAAGAAAGCUAUUGUGAUGAGAUGAACAAGCAUGAACUCGAUUAUAAAGAAGCUCUAAAGGCUAUUAUUUGACCAGAGUCUUUAGUAGAAAGCAGAGAUUAUCCUUCUGCUAAAAAGAGGGAGAAAUCUCAUGCUCCUGAGAUCAGGAGUUCACGAAAAGACCCUAAUUUCAACCAGCCUGACGAGCUUUCUGCAAGCAUAUGGGCAUACGGAAUUGAUAUUCCUAAAAGAAAGAAGCAAAGAUUCUUUUCCCAAGGAAGAGUCAGGAGGAAGAAAUCCAUAUUAAGAGUGAUCAGAGAGCUAGAGAACUUCAAGAAGGAGGUUCAGAAAUAGAUAUAAGCUAUCGACUAUCAAUCAUGGAUAUGUUUUUCCAAGGAAACAGAAGAGUAUUAAAGUGUCUCCUCAGAGUAAAAAUAUCAAAACUACACAUGUAAUGAUCAAGAAAAAUGAGAAUGCUAGCAAGAAGGCUGUCUUCAUAGUGAAGAAAAAUCAUAAUAGUACUAAAAAAGAAUCGAGUUUGAAGGCAAAAUCUAAGAAAACUAACAAAAUUUCUAUUUCUCAAGACAGAUCAAGAAAUUUUGAUAUGGACAAAUCCAGGUCAGAAGCUAAAACAGGAUUCAAGAACUCAUCAAACACGUUUAGUAGAUCAAUAAAAGAUGGGUACCAGAAAUACCUAGCCAACAGCCAAAAUCCAGAUAGAAGUGGGCAAAACUCGCUCAAAAAGUCAAAAACAUCGAAACUAAAGUUGAUAUCCAGCCACUUAUCAAAUUCUGAAAGAUCUCAGGCAGAGAAAUCCAGGAGCUUAGUGAAGAAGACCGCUUCAGCAAUAAAGAAGAUGGGAGAUUCAAACUCUUACCAGGCCCUGCCUAUGGCAGGGCAUGCCAAGGCCAUGAAGAAGUCAAGCUCUGGGCGUUUAAAAAACCAGCAUUCUUCUAUGCACAAGAUGUCUCAAGGAAAACCUGGGGUUUCAGGUCAAGUAAAAAAUAUCGAAAACUCAGAAAAUAAAGCUUUGCAAAAUAAGAAAAGUGCAAUGAGAAUUACUCCAGUGGUCACCGGAGAAUUAAUUCCUGAUGAAGAAAGUGAUGAAUGAUCUCGACCAGAAAACAAUAUCCGAUUAUAUGAUACUUACAAAAUAAAAUCAGCUAGCAAGAUAAGAAAGCCCAAUUCUCAUUCCAAAAUUACCCUGAAAUAUUCGAAUUCAAGCGAAGAACUUAAAACAGUUUCCAAAGAUGGCAGAUUUUCUCAAAAUUUCAAAAAGACACACAAACUUCUCAACUCAUCUCAAAAAGUCUCUAACUUUGCUAAUGCACUUCCUUCCAUCCUUCGCCCCAUUGCCUCAAUGACUGUUCUUGAAAAGAAGCCCAAACAAAUUCCCCAAGUCACAAAUUUCCAGCCCAAAGGCAUCAAACCUCGCAAGACCCUGCAGAAGACCUCUUCUGCCUUCAAAUUCAUGCCAGACACUGGAAGCCAGGACUUGACCAGGCCUUCCUUCCUCAACAAGUCUGGCCAGAAGGGCCAGACUUGUAAGAAGACUUCCAAGCUUUCCAAGAGUUCCAACAAUUCCAGAAAUUCUUCAAAUUUUAGAAGAAAUUUGAAGAAUUAUAAGAAUCUGAAGAACCUUCAGAACGAAAAAAUUCAGCAGAAUCCUUCACAGAAAUUUCAGAAGUUUAAGCAAAAACUGUGCUUCUACAGCAAUGGGAUCAACAAAUCCCAUCAGGAAGGGCUAUCGAGGAAUAAAAAUAUUUAUUCCCAGUCUGCGACAGGGAAUUCAUAUGGUAUUGGUCGGAAGACCAAUACUGGGAGAACCCUGAAGAGCAAAAAUAAUUUGAGUCAGUCCGUAGCAAAUAUGAUGGACCUGAUCAAGAAGCAAGAGGACUAUAAUUCUAAAGGGACUAAGAAGAUUAGCAAUGAGAAAAAUAUGAAGUCAGCAGCCAAUUUUGCCAAGAAAAAGAUGCCAAAAGGAAUGAAAUAUCAAAAAUAGCUCCCCUGAUAUACUUAUUAAAGAAGAAAUUGACCCUGAUGAAGCAAAGGAACAAGUGAUAAAAACUAGAAGGCAAGGUGUCAAAAGUAGGAGGACAAAGCCGAUUCCUAACAAAUCUUCAGCAUACCAGAAUGAAGAAGAAUAUACGCCUAGAUAUGUGUCAAAGAUCAAACCAAUUAUUGGGAAUACUUCUCAUAGAGAACUUGAAGUAACAAUAAAAAAGUCAAGCACAAGAAACUUAAAAGAGCAAAAACUCUCGAGAAAUCUUCCUCUCAAACCAACAAGCACCACAAAAUCGAAAAAUUCCCCAAACUUCCACAAAACCACCAGAUACACCCUCCCAAAAUCCAGCCACAAACUACAAAAACCUUCAAACCCCCAUAUCCUCUCACAAAUCAUGCACAAAAAUCCACCUGAUUCCAAGUAAUAACUAAAAUUCC